AGUUGGCGUAUGAUAACAAUAAACAACCCCGAAACAAGAGAGACGCAUCUGCCGGACUUGUCGCUGUAAUUCGACAGAAACGAAACGAAAAGAUGAGCCGAGGGAGCCACGCUCGCUUGGAGUGAGUCCUCUUCAUGAAGUGGAGGAGCCUCGCUGGUCCUGACACACAGGAAUUUUGUAGUUUUUGCGUGAAGCUCCGAGGAGAAGUGGAGUUACGGUUUGUCCCCUUCCUUAGCUCCCUGUAGCAAGCUGCGGCUCAUUCCUGGUUCCUGAACACUUUGUUUCAGUCUGUUAUGCAGUUUCCAGAGGACUGUAGGCGCACUCGAUCUCCUCCGCCACCUCUCUGCUCCCUCUCCCCGCACUCUCUGGCCCUAUGUCUCGCUGGCUUUUCCCCUGGUCGGGCUCAAUCAAGAAGCGGGCCUGUCGGUACCUUUUGCAGCACUACCUUGGUCACUUUCUGCAGGAGCGGCUGAGCCUUGACCAGCUCAGUUUGGACCUGUACAAUGGCAGCGGUGAUAUCACGAAUAUCAACCUCGAUGUGUGGGCGGUCAAUGAGCUGCUGGAGUCUCUCGGGGCUCCCCUGGAGAUAGUGGACGGCUUUGUGGGAAGCAUACAGGUGACCAUCCCCUGGCAGGCUCUGCUGACUGAUCAUUGCACCUUAGAAGUUUCUGGUCUUCAGAUAACAUGUCGACCCAAGUACCGAACCAGCGGAAACUGGGAGUCACAGGGAUGGUCGUCCAGCAUGACCUCCAGCAUGCAGCUGGCUCAGGAGUGCCUAAAGGACCCUCCAGAGGCGUCCGAGGAGCCGCCUGCCCCGCUGGAGGGACUUGAGAUGUUUGCACAAACUAUCGAGACAGUUCUCCGCCGCAUCAAAGUCACAUUUAUAGACACCAUUGUCCGCAUUGAGCACCAGCCCCUGGACCUGAAAACAGGAGUUGCCUUAGAAGUGCACAUACAACGCUUGGAGUACUUUGAUGAAGCCGUGAAAGAUCCUUCCAGCCAGACUGCCGUGCCUGUCGACAUCCACCAGCCGCCCGCCUUUCUGCACAAGAUCCUCCAGCUGACGGAGGUUCAGCUGUUGUACGACAUCAUCGGUGCUGUUCAGGGUCCUCUUGGGGAGGUGCAUCUAAACUCAGCCACACCCAGUGAAGGAGAUGAGGAGGAGGAGGAUGAGGAGAAAGAGGAAGAAGCCAAACCCUUGAAAAGCAGCGCCUGCCCCCCGUCUCAGCCGCUGCUCAUAGGGCGCUGCUCUGGCUCUAUUGAAACCACAGUGAAGAUCAAACAGAAUGACAUGCUGCCUGGACCAAAGUUGGAGUUGGAUGGGAGGGGGGGAUGUGUUCACCUGCUACUGUCUCCGGAUCAAAUUACCCUUCUAGCAGACCUCCUGGCAGCCCUGUGCAUCGACAUUGAGCCGGAGCAGAAGUGUGGUGGCGUGAACAGUCGCCCGUUAGACUCAGAGGACCUGCGACUGAUCGAGGAGGAUCUCAGCAAGCAGCUGGGAUCCAGUCCUAAAGACAGGGAGUGGGAGAACGAGCCCCACCUGGAGCCCUACGUCACCAGCCUGGAGAACGGAGAAAUGUUUUACUCCAUGGGCCCUGCAGGGAUGAGCAGCAGUGUUACGUCCACUCGCUCUGGCAGCGAGCUGUCGGACAGCGACAUGGAGUCCUCCACACACAGUCUUAGCAGCCUGACGCACCCGGCAGCUCUGACAGCACAGGGCUUGGCAAGCUGUCCUAGAAGAUAUCCUGUAGCAGGAUGCUUAUCCAGCCUGCCACAUACCAGCAGGAUCAGAGGGCGCUCACACAGUGGCCAGGCAGAGCAGCUGAAACCCGAAGCCUUGCUGCGCCUGACCCUCGGUGGGCUCACUCUGACCAUGCUGCAGGAGGACCCGCCUUCUGAUGGAGCCUCGUCAUUAGCUCAGGUGUCUCAAGUGUUCUUCCGAGGGCUGCUUUCAUUCAAGGAGAACAUGUUGGCCAAUAAAAACUUCAACCAUCUGAGAGAAUGCUUCGCCGCAGCCUGUCCACUCUCCAAUCUCAGGUUGACGGGGGCAGCAGUGCAGGUGACAUGUGAGACGCGCAGCGGGAGACGCCGCUGUCGGGCCGUGACUUCGGACCUUUCUUUCAGCAGACUGGAACUGUUGGAGUGCCUCUGGCAGGAUGGAAAACCUCAGUACUGUGAGUUACUUCAGUUCCAGAAAGCUGGACUGUUUACAGUCGGAGCCACAGCCAGACCCUGUGCCCAGCUACACUACAGCCUCACUGAGAAACACCUGCGAAAAGGUAAGCAGCGUGUGCUGCGGCGGGACAGCGUGGUACGGGUAGAGCUGGCGGAGCUGAGCGCAGAGCUGGACCUGGACAUCCUCAGCCGCCUGGGGAACCUCAGCAGAGCCUUCAGCCACUGUCCGAGCCAGAACUGUGGACCAGGACUCAUACAGACCCAGAGCGUCGAACUUUGCUCGUCCUUCACCCUCCUGUCCCCCAACGCCGUGCUCAGACUUCGCUUCCCCAUCCCAGACCUGCGGCCUCCGCCGCUGCGUCGGCCGCCAUCCCAGAGGGCAGUGAGGGAGGAGACGUUGGUGCUGGAGCUGACGGAGCUGGAGCUGAAGCACCAGGAGGCCCCGGACCUGCAGACCCAGCAGCCGGCCCCUGGGCAACAGUGGGGCCCCUGUCUCACCCAGCUGUUGGAGGCCUCUUUCACAGACAUGCAUGGAUCAUAUGAGGGCUGGGAGGGAGGCUCUUUCCCCUGCAUCAGAGUGAAGAAAAACCGCGACUCUUUGCCAAGGAUAUCGGUGCGUGUGCGCGGCGGUGAGGCUCAGGGCCCAGCAGCAGGUCUGAGUGGGAUGAACCUGGGCCUCAUGAAGGAUCUCGGGGCCACCUUCUUCGAAAGCCACUGUGAAUUCAAUGAGAAACCCAGCUCGCCGUUUUCUUCUAACCGCACCAUGUUUGAGACGGAGGAGAUGGUGAUUCCGGCCGACCCGGAGGAAAUGCUCCAGUUUCAGGAACAGUGUGUGGCUCAGUGUCAGUGCGCGGUGGACAUCAGCUUCCCGCUGGCGUACAUCCUCCUGCCCAGCAAACAGGCUUUCCAGAGCAUCUACAACAGGAUCAAUAAUGACCUGUUGCUGUGGGAGCCGCCUCCCCCUCCUCUCUCCUCGGCCCCGGGCCCCGACCAGAGCCGCCGUCCCUACGACGAGUUCCAGCUGUGCAAGUCGGCCUUCAGACUGGACUCUGACUCAGAAGAGGAUGAGCCUCAGUUUUACUUGGCCAGCGAUUCAUCUGGAAGGAUGCAGCAGUCAGUUCCUCUUCCCAGCCACAACCUCAGCCUCCUCUCCCUCACUGUGAUUAUUGGGAAAGGUCGCCUGCAAGCCAGAACUGACAGGAAGGAGGAUGAAACUCAGGGAGAGCUUGUGCUUGACCUGGAAGGGGGGAAGAUUUUCAGCGUGGCGCAGCAUCAAAAUGAUCCCAACCUCAACUUCCUGACGCUGGAGAGCAAACGAGUGGAGCUCUACCAUCGAGCUGUGGUUAAAGACACCUCCAUCCCAGAGAGGUUGGAGAUGCCCAGCUUCACGCCACCCACACAGUUAGACCCCACCAUCUACCCCACAGAGCUGGGAGUGAGCAGCGUUCGAGGACGGGAAGGGGAGCCACAGAUGUUGUCUACAGCCAUCAAAGUCACGCUGGACCUGCAGAGGAAGGUUAAGGAGUUCCUGGUCGCUCUUCAGCUGCAAGGUGCCACCAUGAGGCAUUACAUGACGCAGAGCAACCAGAGCUGGCACGAGCAGCUGAUUGACUUCCUGGACGUCAUCGACGACCCCAUCUUGGGCUACACGGCACCGGCUGUCAUCACCAUCCUCCACACACACCUCGCUUCCUGCGCUGUGGACUACAGGCCUCUGUAUCUGCCCCUGAGAGUCCUGUUCACAGCAGAGUCAUUCUCUCUGUCCAGCAACAUCAUUGUAGACACCGCCACCUUCCACCUCAGAUUCAUCCUGGAUGAUUCUGCUCUCUACCUCUCUGACAAAUGUGAGACUGACACAGUGGACUUGAGGAAAGAUUACGUGUGUGUUCUGGACAUUGACCUGCUGGAGCUCGCCAUCACCACAUGGAAAGGCAGCGAUGCUGGGAAGCUGUCGCAGCCUCUCUUUGAGCUGCGCUGCUCCAACAACGUGGUGCACCUCUACACCUGCGCAGACUCCUGCGCCGCCCUGGUCAAUCUGCUGCAGUACCUGGUCGCCCAGGGGGACUUGCACCCCCCCCCACGACACACCUCGCCUACUGAAAUAGCUGGUCAGAAAUUACCGCUGUCAGAAAGUCCUGCGUCUCUGCCGCCUUGUCCUCCAGCUGAGACCGCAGAGAUCAACCAGUACGACCUGGCUGAUGCCUUAAUCGACACAGAGAGGAGCUACAGAGACAGUUUAGAACCAGAGUCUCCUUCCGUGCCUAGGGGCUCUCCGGUCUCCGUCUAUUUGUUUCCUGGCGAAGGUUCGAAGCAGAACCCAUCCGUUCUGCAGAGGGAGGAGUCUGAGCUUGAUGGGCUGGUUGCCACAGCGAUGGAGGCACAGCCUGAUAUGAUACUAGAUGAUGGCUCCGAGGGCUCCACCGACAACGACGACUUCUGCAUCCUGGAGGCGCCUGGCAUGGGCAUACCUCCCAGAGACGGGGAGCCCGUGGUGACCGUGCUGUGCGAGGGGCCCAUUAAGGUGAAGGACAGCCACUUUUCCAGGCCUCGAGGAAGCUCCGACCUGCUGCGAGCUCCGAGUGGAUUCCCGGUGCCGCACACCAGGGUGGUGCUGAAGGAGAUCUCUGUGGUGUGGCAUCUCUACGGCGGCAAGGACUUCGGCGGCAAGCCGAUGUCCGUACAUGCUCAGAACUCAAACAGGGGUCGCUCUGUCCCUGUGGGUGUUCGUGGUUCUCCGUCUCGCUCCGUCGCCUCCGCCCGUCCUCAGAACUCCUGGCGCUGGGCUGGAGGCAGCGGCCGUCAGCACUCACUUCUGAUGGAGAUCCAACUCACCAAGGUGUCCUUCCAGCAUGAGUCCUACCCAGUGGCAGUAGCAGGCCAGGACGGGGACGGGUCACUGACCUCUGGGGUUGGCCCCAGCGGGGAGCAGCCUCUGUCCCGGCAGGUCUUCAUCGUGCAAGAGCUGGAGGUUCGGGACCGCCUGGCCUCUUCACAACUCAACAAGUUCCUCUACCUCUACACCAGCGAGAGCAUGCCUCGCCGAGCCCACUCCAACAUGCUGACUGUGAAGGCCCUGCAGGUUUUACCAGAGUCGGGACUCGGAGGACCCGAGUGUUGCCUACGGGUCAGCCUGCUGCCGCUGCGACUCAACAUCGACCAGGAUGCUCUCUUUUUCCUGAAGGACUUUUUUAGUAAGCUAGCAUCCUCUGUUAACCCCUACACGCCUGUGGAUCCUGCUGCUGAAGUCACAGUGAAGGUGGAUCCUUACCAGAAAGGCUCUGAGGAGACCGGAGCAGACGCCGGUCUCGGUCCUGACCUCACCGCUUCCGUGGAAACCACCUACAGCGAGCAGAGCUCCUCCUCUGCUGGCUCCUCCUCUUCCUCGUCUGAGCAGCCAAUCUACUUCCGGGAAUUUCGUUUCACCUCUGAAGUGCCUAUUUGGCUCGACUACCAUGGGAAGCAUGUGGUCAUCGAGCAGGGGACGUUUGCAGGGAUUCUGAUCGGUCUGGCUCAGCUGAACUGCUCAGAGCUGAAGCUGAAGAGGCUCUGCUGCAGACACGGUCUUCUCGGUGUGGACAAGGUGAUCCAGUACGCCGUCACAGAGUGGCUGACAGACAUCAGGAAGAAUCAGCUGCCGGGCAUUCUGGGAGGCGUCGGCCCCAUGCACUCAGUUGUUCAGCUGUUCCAUGGAGUUAGGGAUCUCUUCUGGUUGCCCAUAGAGCAGUACAGGAAAGACGGGCGCAUUAUUCGAGGUCUCCAGCGGGGGGCAGCAUCGUUCGGUACCUCUACAGCAUCGGCUGCUCUGGAGCUUAGCAACAGGCUGGUGCAGGCCAUCCAGGCCACAGCAGAGACUGUGUAUGACAUCUUGUCUCCAACGCCUCCACUGAAUCGGUUCGCCAUCACCGAGGGUCGGGCCCCAACCAGCCGGCCCCGAAGAGCCGCGCAGCCAGCGGAUCUCAGAGAAGGAGUAGCCAAAGCUUACGACACCGUCAGAGAGGGAGUGAUCGACACGGCUCAGACCUUGUGUGACGUGGCGUCCCGCGGCCACGAGCAGAAAGGUCUCCCCGGCGCAGUGGGCGGCGUCCUGCGCCAGAUCCCGCCCACAGUGGUCCGACCCCUGAUAGUGGCCUCCGAGGCGACCUCCAACCUGCUGGGAGGCAUGCGGAACCAGAUCAAACCCGACGCCCGCAAAGAGGACUUCCUCAAGUGGCGCACGGAGGACGCACAAGAAUGAGGACGGCGUGCGUGCGUGUGAAAGAAUGAAUGAAUGCGARUGGGAACCCCGAUGUCUGCUGGGGGAUCUGCAUGUUGGUAUGUGUGUGUGUGGGAAUGUUGUUCUGCAAUGCAAAAACAACACAAAGACUAACUGCUACUGCAGCCACUUACACAAAGAGUUUUACACACGUGUAACCACACCUAACUCUUCUGCUGCUCAUCAUCCCUCGGCCUGCAGGUUGCUCUUCAUGUCUCUGUAACAACAUAUCGCUGCUUUUGUCUGGCUUUGAUUUCAAACCAACCAGGAGCAGGAAGGAUCAGAACGAGAUGCAGAUUGUCAUCAUUACAUCCUUUGUGUCUUGCUAAAACUGGUUUUCGAUUUAGUGUUAACCCAACGACUGUGAGCAGGAAAUCGGAAAGGAAUGGCUUCAGUACAGGGAGUUUGCAGCAGGAAAUCAGUGAUCCUGAAGCUCCGUAAGAAGGAAGAUUAUGUAUGUUUUAUUCAUGUUUGUGAAUGGUUCUCAUCUUGAACCGUUGGUUUGGUUUUGAGCCCGCUAUGCACCUGCUCCUCUCAGCGCUGAUGAGCUGUGCCAUAAACCUUCCAGAGUGACCUUUGAACCCAUCUGUGUUGCCUUUCUCUGACCUGUACCCUCCAAACGUGACUGAAUAGAAACCCAUGAAGCCCUUUAAAAAAUCCUGUAGCAUUCUGAACUUCAUGAAUUUGUUUUUACGGACUGAUUUCAGUCGGUGGCUCUCCUUCCUGCUUCUGUUUUGCAUAAAGCGGUUCUGGGUUCUGAAUGGACACAGACUGACUCUUUCCACAUCUUUAGAUGCCUUCCUAAAUGUUUUUUUUUUUGUUGUUGUUUUUUUUAUGCUUAACUGUUUGUUUUGUUUAUGUUGAAUCAUAAGUAUUGUUAUACUCGUUUCAUAAUGAGUGUUGGGAGGAUUUGAAUCUGGUGAMAAUGGAGGAAGGAAAUGAGGAGUUUUACAUUUUUAUCUUUGUUUUCCUGUUUGUGAGUGAGGGAUUAUUUGUGUGAAUGUGAGAGGAUAAGUGGACGCAUGUCUGUGAGGGUGACAGGUUUAUGCUUGUUACACUACUUGUGUGUAAUUACUAUUUACUAUAAAAGUGUAUGAAUGACCUGUAUAUUACAAAAACAAGUAUACAAAUUAAUACAAAAAUAAAAAAAAUUAUAUAAAAACUGA